AUGUUCAGAAGUGUGCUCACCCGCUCUGUUCUCGGUGAGGCACUGGCCGCCCCGAUCGGAGCAAGCCUUACCGGAGCAGGAUCACUGGGUCUUCCUCGUAUCAGUCUUCGCUGGCCCUGGAGCCGCGACGUGGAAGACACCAGCGUGCUGGAGGCGGUGCCCAAGAAACGCACAUCGCACCGCAAGAAGCGGCAACGACAGCUGGCCGGUAACAACCAGCAAAAGCCCCUGAAGAAUCUCGGGCGCUGCCCUGCCUGUGGCCACUUCAAACGGGCCCAUACACUGUGCAUGAACUGCGCUGAGGAGAUCCGCCAGGUCUGGAAGCUGCGAGACAAGCAGGCUGCCGAGGCCAAACUGGAUCCCACCAAGCAGUACGACGACUCAGGCGCUUCUCCAGAAGACGUUGCACUCAACUUCCCCGCCCGUCACUCUCGUCCCAGUGAGUACCAGGAGAAACUGGCCGACAAAGAAGAGUACGUUUUGGGCCGGCCCAAGACACUGGCUGUUCCUGAAAAGCCCCGCAAAGCAAAGCAGGUGCCCCUGAAGCAGCGCAAGCCCUACGAAAACUAG